CCUCGCAGGAAAUCUUUGUGUCGCUGACUGUCUGUUUCUGUGUGAUCGGCAAUUGUUCCGUAGUUUAUAAGUAACUGAGUGAGUUUGUGUAGUGUUAUCCCAUAUAUUUGCAAAAAGAAUAUAUAGCUGUUCACUGUGAACAUAUAUUUUGUUACUGUAUUAACGAAAUUCCGCAUCCUUAAAUCAUUUUACAUUUAUUGCUAACCAAAGAGCAUUGUUGUCUCCUUGUUACAGAAUAUGUCUGGAAAACAAAAUCCUGAAGAAUUGGCCACUGCCAUACUGAAAACUAAACAGAAGCCUAACAGACUUCUGGUAGAAGAAGCAAUCAAUGAUGAUAAUUCAGUGGUAGAUUUAUCUCAAAGUAAAAUGAACGAGUUGCAGUUAUUUCGAGGCGACACAAUAUUGUUGAAGGGCAAGAAACGUAGGGAAACUGUAUGCAUAGUUCUGUCUAAUGACAGUGUCCCCAAUGAGAAAAUUCGCAUGAACAGAUGCGUUCGAAAUAACCUCAGAGUUAGACUGGGCGAUGUUGUAAACAUACAACCCUGCCCAGAUGUCAAAUAUGGAAAGAGAGUGCAUAUUUUACCCAUAGAUGACACUGUGGAAGGCUUAACAGGGAGUUUGUUUGACGUGUAUUUGAAACCCUAUUUCCUCGAAGCAUAUCGACCUAUUCACAAAGGAGAUCUUUUCUUGGUCAGAGGAGGCAUGAGGGCCGUGGAAUUCAAGGUUGUGGAGACUGACCCUAGCCCCUAUUGCAUCGUUGCUCCAGAUACCAUGAUUCACUGUGAAGGUGAUCCUAUUAAAAGAGAAGAAGAAGAGGAAACACUGAAUGCAGUUGGCUAUGACGAUGUUGGUGGAUGCCGUAAGCAGUUGGCCCAAAUCAAAGAAAUGGUAGAAUUACCGCUAAGACAUCCUAGCCUAUUCCGUGCUAUUGGUGUUAAG